AUGCGGCGCGGCGGCGGGAACGGCAGCGAGGGCGAGCCCGAGUGGCCGUGGCCGUGGCCGCCCUGCGACGAGCGGCUGUGCCUGGCGCUGCCCAUGUGGGUGCUCGUUCCCAUCACGGCCGUCUGCCUGGGGCUCUUCGUGGUCGGCGUGGCGGGCAAUGUCCUCACGGUGCUGGUCAUCCGCAGCUACCGCGACAUGAAGACCACAACGAACCUCUACCUGGGCAGCAUGGCUGUCUCGGACCUGCUCAUCCUCAUGGGGCUGCCCUUCGACCUCUACCGCCUGUGGCGCUCCCGACCCUGGAUCUUCGGGCAGCUGCUGUGCCGCCUCUCGCACUACCUGAGCGAGGGCUGCACCUACUGCACCAUCCUCCACAUCACCGCCCUCACCGUGGAGCGCUACCUCGCCAUCUGCUUCCCCCUCAAGGCCAAGGUGGUCGUCACCAAGCGCCGGGUGAAAGCCACCAUCGGCGUCCUUUGGGCCUUCGCCUUGCUCACCGCCAGCCCCUUCUUCUUCCUGGUCGGCGUGGAGCAGCCCGACAACCACACUGACUUCAGCCGCGAGUGCAAGCCCACCCCGCAGGCGCUGCAGUCCGGCCUGCUGGCCACCAUGUUCUGGGUCACCACCUGCUACUUCGUGCUGCCCGUCACCUGCCUCAGCGUCCUCUACGGCUGCAUUGGCCGCGAGCUGUGGCGGAGCAACACCCGCCUGCGGGGCCCCAGCUCGCUGCUCCGGGAGAAGGGGCACCGCCAGACCGUCAGGAUCUUGGCUGUGGUGGUUCUGGCCUUUGUAAUUUGCUGGUUGCCUUUCCACAUUGGCAGGAUCAUAUUUAUAAACACCCGGGACAUGAGGACGAUGCUGUUCUCCCAGUACUUUAAUAUAUUCGCCCUGCAGCUUUUCUACCUGAGCGCAUCCAUCAACCCUGUCCUCUACAACCUCGUUUCCAAGAAGUACAGGGCGGCAGCCUGCCAGCUGCUGCUGCCCCAGCGAGCUGCACAAAGGGCUCUCACGACAGCAAAGGACCCUGGGGGCUACACAGAGACCAGCACAAGGCCUGAGUUCACCACCAGCUUCUGAGACUGCAGCCUGCGCUUCUUCAGGCAUUCUUGCCUAAGGAAGGGAACUUCCUUCUCACGGGAGUCACAAAAGGAUGGACAUUUGUUAGGGCAUGUGGUGUUUCAUAACUGCCUUAUUGUGGGAUACCUGUAGUUUUGGUAACAGAGCCAGCAGGCACCACGAAGUACGGAGAAUGAAGUGCAACUCGUGAAAGGUGAUAAGUCAAUAGGAAAAGCUGGAGUAACUUCCCAGUAAAACCACAGGUUUGCUUUAUUACAUAGUGUUCAUUGCAUAUGUUCUGUGCCAUUUCAAAUCAUAACACCAAGGUCUGCAAAGGAGCACUUCUUGGGAGCUGUAGUGGGUAAAAUUCCCAGACAGCCUUCACCAUUUUAAAACGGUUUUCUCAUAAACAAAAUUUUACAAAACACAGUCACUCACAAGGAGAUGGACGCCAAAAAAUUCACCCACCAACCUUAACAGCCCUGGAAGAAGAGGCGUAUGCUUUUAGCACCUGGUCUUGUAAUCAUGAAGGGGACUUCCCUGGGCAGUUUCACUAAUUUCCCUUAGGAAAGCAUAUGCUGCACACAGCAGUCUCUGUGCUUAACCCUAUUUGAUACCACAGGAUCAAAUAAGGUCUUUUACUUAUAUAUUAACAACUUGUUGUAAAACCUGAGAUAUCCCUGAUCACUUCCCUUAGAAUAGAUGAGUGGUGUUGGGCAAUUGGUAGCAGUGUGUCUCCACAUUGUGUAUUGCAUUUGCAAAUAAUACACCAAAUUAACCCACCUUGCCACAAACAAGACCCAUCACUGAAUGUGCUGGACUAUGCCCAGGACUUCAUGCUGCAUAACACUACACUGCAAGUCAAAAACCAACUCACUAAUUCUGCUCCAAAAGAUUUUAAUUGGAAAUUUCAACUGUACAACUUAGGAAGGAGGCUAGUUGUGAGGAAGAGCUAGAAGAAGCUGCAAAGGUGUUUUCUGUGGAGAAUCAUUGCCUCUGUACAUUUUACUUGUUAUAUUAUUGGCUCUAGUGGUGUAAAUCUGGACCAAAAUCAGUGAUGUGGCACUGCACUUACAAGGGCAUCACUGACGCUUGCCAUCACUGUCCAUGCUUGCCCUCAGUUCUCUGUUAACUUCUCCCUUCAGGCAGUUGUAGAGAGUGAUACAAUCCCCUCUGAGCCUCCUUUUGUAUAGGCUAAACACUCCAUCUCCCUCAGCUGCUCCUGAGUUGUGUUCCAGAGCCUUUACCAGCUCCACUGCCCUUCUCUGGACAUGCUCCAGCAACUCAAUGUCCUUCUUGUAGUGAGGGGCCCAGAACUGCACGCAGGAUUUGAGGUGUGGCUUCACCAGUGCUGAGUAUGAGGGGACAAUCCCUGCCCUGGUCCUGCUGGACACACUAUGGCUGAUCCAGGCCAGGAUGUCACUGGCCUUCUUGGCCCCCUGGGCACACUCUGGUUCACGUUCAGCUGCUGCUGACCAGCACCCCCAGGUCAUUUUCUGCUGGGCCACUUUGCAGCCACUCUUCCCUAAGCCUGUGUCGCUGCCCGGGGCUGUUGUGGCCAAAAUACAGGACCCAGCAUUGGCCUUAUUGAGCCUCAGCCCAUCAAGCCAGCCUGUCCACAUAAAUUCAACAGAAUUCAACAGCUAGCUCAGAGAUCUCAGGGCAGCAAAGUUGAACCCAAGUCUUCUCCAAGUUUUAAAAAUAUGACCAGUUAUCCAUUAAAGAGUCUGUAACUCUGAGUCACUGAAUAAAAAGUAAAAAAAAAAAAUCUAAAGACAGAAAAAAAUUCUAUCUCACUGCAUAUACAUAAGGUUUUCUUUUUCUAUCAGCUUCAUACCGGUGGAGAGCAGUUGUCUGCAAGGCUUGGGUUAGGUUGCUUUUGCUGGGAGGUGACAUUAAGAUGUUCAGUUAUCAUAAAGAAACAGCUGGUUUUUGGAGGGGAUUUGGACAAGUUAUUAUGAACAGUAAUCUCCGUACGUGUAUGUAGACCAAAGCAGGGAAAAAAGCUUUAUCACAUAGUUAUGUGGCCAUGGAACUGCUUCUGCAUGCCUGCAGUCUCCUGAUAAUGGCUUUUCCUUUAUCAAUUGCUGCUAAAUUGCCCUGGGGGUGAAACACUUGCUCAUCAGAAAUUUCCCCAAAAGCAAUUGCAUAGGUACCCGAAGCACAAGACUGGUGGAGGAAGGAGGGAAAUGCCCUGGUGGGCUGCUGCCCUGAGCCUGCUGUUCUAUGGUGCCUUCCCUGCCACAGACAGCCCUGGCAGUGCUGUGCUGUGCUGUGCUGUGCUGUGCUCUGUGUGUGUGCUGGGUGUCCAAGGCAGGUCCCUCUCAGGCAGGACUCCAGCUCGCUGCUCCCAGGCUGCUCAUGGAGUGCCUGCAUUUCUGCAGGGAGCCCCAGGCUUGGGCUGCUCCUGCCCAGCAGCAGAUGCUGCAGCAGCAGGCUUCUGCUCUGCUGGCAGACUGCAUUGGAGUGGUCAGGUUUUUUGGGAAAGUCUUUGUAUCCCUGUUAAAAGGUAUCCCCCUUGCAUGCCUGGUAGAAUAACACAGGCAGCAAAAUGCCACCUGUGAGCUUGCAGUGCCUUCUUGUUAAUGCUCCCUCCCCACCAGAACAAAGGUUUAGGAAAUAGAUGAAGUUUGGGGUGUUUAGCAUAAACCAGGCCUGGCACUGCUGUCUCUGGCAUUCAGUACUGGAUUGUGUAAGGAGGGAUGCUGUAAAGAAAAUAGCACUGAGUAUUUCAGAAGUAAUUUCCAUACCAUGAAGCCUAUAAUAUACAAGAGAAAGCAGACCAGAAGGAGAGAGAAAAUGAGGCAGGGAUGUAAAAGAAAAGCAUAGAGACCAGAUGACAAAAAGGGAAACAUGGUGAGUUAGUCUCUUUCUUAAAGCCUGCAUGUAGUUACAUUGAAAAUCACAGGAUAGAAAAUCAGAAAUUUGACAGAGCUCUGAGAAGGAAGGAAGGAAGGAAGGAAGGAAGGAAGGAAGGAAGGAAGGAAGGAAGGAAGGAA